UUGGAGAUCUAAAAACUUUUUUUUAUAAAUUUGAGGAUUUAUUUACAUAUAAAAAAUUUCAAAAAUUUUUAAGAUAUGAAGCGAAUGUUUCAUUAGGUUUGGUCCAGGAUCGGUCAUGCACAGAGGUGCAAAGCUGGCGUCUAGCAGCUAUGGAAAAUGGAUAAAACAAACGGUUCUUGUCAUGUCUUAAAAAAAUUAUAGGUUCUUGCAAUAAAAAUAAAAAUUUGUUCCCACACAUAACAAUCGGGAUGGUCAAUGUACCAAACCACGGUCACAUGUCUGGACGUUCUUGUACAGUUGUAUGUGGUCCGCGCUGUGACAUGAAACAUUGACUGCUUUACUAUAUCCAAGGCAAAAACCAUAGUCAGUGUUUUAUGAUUUACUCAGAUCACGUAUGGGUCGAUCCCGAAGCCCAUUUAAAUUUAAACCACUACGGCCCAUGAAACUAACACGUAUGACACACACGUGGCAUCAUAACCAUAAACCCCGUUGGUGAGACACCAUCAUGCAUUUUUUUAGUGGGAGAGAACCCAACUCAUAACUGAUCAGAUAAAACUCCAUCUAUGGUUUGAUCUGAUCUAACUUUGCAGUUUAAAAGUGACCUCUCCGAAGAAAAUCAAAAUGUUGAGAACUUAUGUGAAUCCAAAACUAAUCUCCAGGCCUAAUAUAACAUCAGCAUGUCUUUACUCUCUUUACCUUAAGAGAGGAAGUGCGAGUGGAGGGAGGGAAGAAGGAAGAGCUCCUUCUACAGCGGAGGAGUUCACGAGACAAGGUGUUGCUAGCCAGACUGUGGAGAAGACGUACGACCGAGCAGAGGCGACGACCAACGUAUCCAGUAAUUCUGAGGCCGAGAUGGAGAAAGUGAGAAAGGAGUAUCAAGAGAAGAAAGAGAGUAGAGACUAUCUCAAGAAGGGAAGUGAUGAUGAUGAUGAUGAUUUGCCUAUCAACACGUCUAAAGGAACAUGAUGAAGAUGAUAUGAUGGAGAUGAUAAUCGAUGUUUGUAUAAUAAAAAUAGUCAUGUGUUUUUUUUGCAUAUAUCUGUGGAGUCGUGUAUAGAAGCAAUGUUGUGUGUGUUUUUUUGUCAGUUAGCAUUGCUUGUUAAGUUCAUUAAUUUAUCUUCUAGUUUUGUUUCUGCUACUAUAAAAUAGUUUUUAUUUUGCAGUUCAAAAUGUAUGUUCUGAUCACCCUGUUUUAAAUAAACUGAGGUUUACAGUUUUCCUUUUAAAAAAAAUUAUGUUAUUUUUUUUAGUAAAAAUAAAAGUCACUUCCCAAUAAAUAAAAAGCAAAUGGAAGUUGACUGUUUCAUCAAAUAUUUCAAGAUUAAAAAAUCGAAAGAUCCACUUUGAUCAAAAAAAAAAAAAAAA